ACAACUACGGACAGCAAAAAGACGGAACGGAACGGAACAACUGAACGAGGAGGAGGAGGGAACGGGAACGCGAAACCGAGAAGACGGCGUUUGGUGACUUGUAAAUUUCGUUGACACAACUUUGAAGUAGAAACUUAGUCCACUAUGGGACAAAACCACCCUGGAGCGGGUGGCUCAGGAGGAGAGAAGAAAGAUGAUAAGGAGAAGAAGAAGAAGUAUGAGCCUCCAAUUCCAACCCGUGUGGGUAAAAAGAAGAGGAGGACAAAGGGACCUGAUGCCGCAAUGAAAUUACCUCUCGUUACACCUCAUACAAGAUGUCGACUGAAACUAUUAAAACUUGAGAGGAUAAAGGAUUAUUUGCUAAUGGAAGAGGAAUUCAUUCGCAAUCAGGAAAGGCUUAAGCCGCAAGAGGAGAAGAACGAGGAGGAGAGGUCUAAGGUGGAUGAUCUCAGGGGAACACCAAUGUCUGUAGGAACUCUGGAAGAGAUUAUUGAUGAUAAUCAUGCUAUUGUUUCCACGUCAGUUGGUAGUGAACACUAUGUCAGCAUCCUUUCCUUUGUUGAUAAGGAUCAACUAGAGCCUGGAUGCUCUGUUCUUCUGAACCACAAGGUUCAUGCUGUGGUUGGAGUCUUGUCGGAUGACACAGAUCCUAUGGUUACUGUGAUGAAGCUUGAGAAGGCACCUCAAGAAACUUAUGCUGAUAUUGGUGGUCUGGAUACUCAGAUCCAGGAAAUCAAAGAAUCUGUUGAACUUCCUCUUACACAUCCGGAAUACUAUGAAGAGAUGGGCAUCAAGCCUCCCAAAGGUGUCAUCUUGUAUGGCCCACCAGGUACUGGCAAGACACUUCUAGCUAAAGCAGUGGCAAAUCAAACAUCUGCCACUUUCCUUCGAGUUGUUGGCUCUGAACUUAUUCAGAAAUACUUGGGAGACGGUCCUAAAUUAGUUCGUGAGUUAUUCCGAGUGGCAGAAGAUCAUGCACCAUCCAUCGUGUUCAUUGAUGAAAUUGAUGCAGUUGGUACCAAGCGAUAUGAUUCCAACUCCGGUGGUGAGCGUGAAAUCCAACGUACUAUGCUCGAGCUUCUGAACCAGCUGGAUGGUUUUGAUUCACGAGGUGAUGUGAAGGUUGUCAUGGCCACCAACAGGAUUGAGACCUUGGAUCCUGCUCUAAUUCGACCUGGGCGUAUUGAUCGUAAGAUAGAAUUCCCCCUUCCUGAUGAGAAGACAAAGCGGCGUAUUUUCAGCAUUCACACAUCAAGAAUGACCUUAUCCGAGGAUGUAAAUCUGACUGAACUUAUCAUGGCCAAAGACGACCUUUCAGGAGCAGACAUCAAGGCCAUCUGCACUGAAGCUGGACUCAUGGCUCUGCGUGAAAGGAGGAUGAAAGUAACCCAUGAAGAUUUCUUGAAAUCGAAAGAGAGUGUGUUGUAUCGCAAAAAAGAGGGCACACCUGAAGGGCUGUAUUUGUAAACUGUUUAUCCAAAUUAAUAUUUAUGUAAUAGACAGUUUUUGUUUAUGAGUGAGUGAAAUUAUACCUAACAUUUCUAUGUAA